AUGGCGACUAAAAAGAAACCACGAGGUAAGUUGGCACUUGUAAUUGGGAUUGGUAAAUAUGACCAUUGUGAAGAAUUACAAAAUCCAGAAAAUGAUGCGCAUGAUAUGUCUGAUGCUCUGGAGAGUAUUGGUUUUCUUGUUACAAAGAAACUAGAUCUAAAACGUGCUGAAAUGAGACAUGUUGUUAUUGAUUUCGAAGAAUCAAUAGAGCCCGACGACAUGGUUCUAUUUUAUUUUGCUGGACAUGGGAUACAAUGGGAAGAUCAAAAUUAUUUGAUACCAAGAGACACUCCGACUUUGAAUGGUGCAGAUUUAAACAAGAGUGCGAUUAAUGCACAAGGCAUUCUUAACACAUUAAUCGAUUGCAAUCCAUAUGUAACAGUAUUCCUAUUGGAUUGUUGUAGAACCUAUCACUUGCGCAAUCCCGAUAUGAAUGCACGUAGUCUCGAUGCAAGCGAUACAAAACCAAGAGGCCUCAAAGCCAUGUAUAAGGCUGGCUCAUUGAUUGCAUUUGCUUGCGCACCUGGAACUAUAGCCAUCGAAGGAAAAGGACAGAAAAACAGUUUAUUUACAAAACAUCUUCUAAAACAUAUUAAAACUCCGAAUGAAGAUAUUCGAAUGAUAUUAAGUGAUGUUACCGAUGGAGUAAUAGAAGAGUCGAAAUCACAACAAAUUCCUUUUUUGAGUGUUUCAUUAUCAAAGAAGAAUAUAUAUUUAUAUGGUCAACGGCGAGAUCGACCACGUGAACCAGAACAGUUACAAGGCUUGUUACACAUGUCGGAUCAGGAUCUACAAUUAAAUGAGGAAAUUGGUCGUGGAGCCUUUGGAAUAGUUUAUCGAGCUCAAUGGUUAAGUCAACACCACACAGUUGCUGUCAAGAGGUUACAUCUUACUCAGUUGGAUAAACAAGCCGAAAAAGAUUUUUUCAAAGAACUUUCGUUGAUGCAUAGUAUUCGUUAUCCUCACAUUGUCACUUUUUAUGGUGCAUGUAUAGAACACGGAAAGUAUGCAUUAGUAAUGGAAUAUAUGUCAUUAGGAUCGUUGUACCAGGUUCUGCAUAAAGAUAAACUACCAUUAGAUUGGUUUCAAAGAUUAUCCAUUGCUUUACAAACAGCCAAAGGCAUCAAUUAUUUGCAUAUGUUACAACCACCCAUCUUACAUCGUGAUAUCAAGUCGUUAAAUUUUUUGUUAGAAAGAUCGUAUGAAGGUUACAUCGUGAAAGUGUGUGACUUUGGUUUAGCUCAAACACGAAAUGAAACAACACGACAAUCCCUAUUGACUCAUGUGUUACCUUGUACAUUGCAGUGGACUGCUCCUGAAAUACUGCGUUUAAAAAAGCACACUGAUAAAAGUGAUAUUUACAGCUUAGGAAUAGUAUAUUGGGAACUAGCUGCAAAUGAAAUACCUUAUGAUGAACACCAAAAUGCCGUCAUUCGUGAAUUUGUACUUUCUGGCGACCGCUUGAGAAUACCCAAGACCACACCAUCGAACUUUUCUGUCCUGAUCAAAAAGUGUUGGGCCAACGAUCCCAACGAACGGCCCAAUUGCUCUCAACAGAUCGAAGUCAUUGAAGAAUGUAUCAAAAAGCAAAGUAAUAUCGUUUUUUUUCUUUGCUUUACAGAAGCGGGGUAAAUUCAUACGAAUCGUGUAAUAAUAGGAGAACUAGGUAGAUUGUUUCAUAAUAUUCAAUUACAAUAGAUUUGUCAAAGUGCUUGAAUGAGAACAAUAAACGAGAUAGACCAGUAGUAUCAAACUUGAAAACUGAAUUCAAUUAUUGUUUUACUGUUCACGUAUUCAACUAAUCAGCACUGAUUUUCUUUCGUGUUAACACUUUGUAGCUCCCUCAGCAAGAUAGAUGCUCUGCUAAAGUACUUUCGUGAAAUACUUGUAUAGGUGAAUUUACUGUUUAUUUAUUUCAAUACUUAAAUUUUAACUUUUCAAGCUUCAGCUUUUAAGUCUUAACAUGUGUGAAGAAGAUGAUAAACACAGAUCAUGUCUACAAACUUGAAAGUUAAGUUCAAUUCAACUUUCAACGACACCCAGAUUUCUCUCGAUAUGAGUGCCAUAGAAAAAUAGACAAUUGAAAAUUGAAUGUUAACUUGAUUUUAACUUUCAAGUUUCACGCUACUGAUUUUUUCCCCUAAUACAUUUUCAAUUAACCAUAUUAAAGAACUACUCUAAAUUGUGAAUAAUACAAUUUUGUCUCUGCUGAACUGAAUUUGCUUCUUUUUUUUCUACUGGAAUAAUCGCUUUACGAUAGAAAGAUCAGGAUAAGUAAGAAGUCAAACAAUAGAUAUUGAUCACUCAAGACAUUCAAAAGGAGGAAAAGCUGAAGUUUUGAUUGCGAUUGAUUGUUUUCAUCUUUUCUCUAUGAGAUAAUCGAUUCGAGUUAUUUAUAACAACUUCAUGCACUCUAAUUCUUAUUAGCAGGCUGAUAAUCUUAUGUUUUCGUCUGUAAAUUGAUCCAUUUCAAAGUAAAGUUCAGGAAAUGCAAAAUUUCGAUUGUAUUCUAUUGUUCACUAAUAUGAUUUUUUUUUAAAAGUCAAAUUAUAGAUAAAAUCCAAUAUAUGAUCAACAGUCAUUUUUUGUUUAAUAAAACUUUUGUAUUUGCUCUUAUUCUUAUUUCCAAGACUAUCUAGAUAUCAUUGAUUCUGAUUAAGUAUCGAAAACUAAAUAGAAAAAUAUGAUUUAAUUCAGUUUAAAACUAACAAAAAUUUAAAAAAUUCUGUCCGAUCAGGAUCGCCUGUGUAUAGAUCUUCUGGGCGAAAUUGUCUUCACUUGUCAUUAUGUUCUAUAUUGUAUCGUUUAGUCGCCAACUAAUCACUAAAGUUUCUUGCUCUGCCGGUACCAACUAAUUAUUUACUAACAUUGACAUGAACAGAUUGAUAGAAUGCUCCAUUUGUUAGUUAUACCUCGCUUUUGAGGACCUAAGGACUAUUUUCCUGUUCGAGCGUGAGUAGAGAUGAUGUGCCAAUCUGUUAAGUGGCACAACAGUUGAUUGUUCUUAAUGCUGAUUAGUCGAAAGUUCGAAUAGUUGAUAAGUUAGAAAGGGAUUCUAUACUCAUUUUCACUUCUCACAUCAGGAUAUAUAUCUAGGAAGUUCUGCAGAUCAGAUAUAUCGGUCACAUCUGUUUAAUUCUAUACUGCUCACAUAAAUCAAUGAUACGAGGAAACUAGAUUAGAAAUCUUAGAGAACGAUCACUAAAUUCGCGGAUGUAUAUAAAUUUUCACACAAAAGAGGAGAUGCAUCUUUGAUCUUACAACAACGAAAACUGUAUCAGAAUCGAUAGUGCCGAUAAACUAAUAGUUUCUCUUCGUGGUCAAUAUUAAUCCCAAAAACAUUUCACUCAAGUAAAAUGCUUAAGUCAUCAUCUGUAAUAAAAAUUAACAUGAGAUCAAGCAGAUGCCAUAUAGAAUACAAGAAUAAAUAAGCUAGACUGAUAUGAAAAAAGACGUAAGAUGAUGUCAGAAGACUCUAAACCACUGAGCAGUCAUCCUAUUCCGCGAUGUUCAACAUCGUGCAAUCGAUUCC